AUGAAAACGUUCGAUUUACAUGCAAGCACACUGUUCUCAGCAUGUACAUCCAGGGCACUUCUACACCGAGUUGUAUUUGGAACCAGAUAUUACAAGACAGUAUUCGUGCUGAAUGGAUAUGCAGAAGCACUAGAUAUCAAGUCUGAAUACGUCUAUAAGCCAAAUUAUUUUCCUCUUACCGAUGCUGGGAUAUUGGACAUCGCUGGCGUGACUCUUCCAAACCCAAUAUUACUCUCCUCCAUUUUUUUCUCAUAUCCAACAUAUAGCAAUGAUCUAUCAUACUUUCAUAUAGGCACUCACUUAUAUCAAAAUGGUUCACAUGUCAAUCUUUUUCUGUGCAUCACAGCACCAGCACCGAAAGGCGCAGUCAAGACCAAGAUCAUAGACACCAGUCUUGUUGUGCUAUGGACUGAAACCUCCGAUGAGCCCCAUAAAGAAUGCCUUAAUACCACUGAAGUGAUAGCGACCUUCGCCAGAACGGGAACCGUUACCAAGUCCACGAGCAGCCAAGUGGACCGCGUUCUGUUCCCCUUGAAUGAAUGCGAUCUUGGGGCGGGGGAGGUUUUCGUCACGUCCCUCGGCGGUAGCGGGUCGAGUGAGCCGAGGAAAUCCAACUUCACUUUCGAGGAUAGUGCCCUCGUCACUCCCAUCAUCGGGUCGCUGGAACUAAACGCCACCUGCGACUCCAUCGAAGCAAGCUGGGAAUUGAUUGACUGGUGUCCUUACCUCGCCUGGUUUAGGGUCACGUUAAAGCCCUCAGAGUCGGUCACCACCACGCCAGAUUACAACAGCACCAGCACGACUUUCGAAGGGCUCGAUGCUGGCACUAACUACGAGGUGUGCGUCCAGCCGGUGGAUAGCAGCAGUGACGAUCUUGCCGUGAGCAUUUGCAGCAACAUAAGAACAAAGAUUCCUGCCGUGGAAGACCUUCAACUCGAAGCAAUAAAUCACACAGCAGUUCAGGUUUCCUGGUCCCCGAGUGACUGUAAUAUGUCUGAACCUCAGCGUUACGAAGUUGAAGUUGUUACCUGUAAUAAUUUCACGAAUGAAACUUGUACGGGAGCAACGUUUGUAAACUCGACUACAGAGCUUAACUACACGCAAACUGGGCUCGAACCCUACACUCAGUAUCAUGUAUCUGUGGUUUCCAUAUAUGCAAGUGACUCCUCGUACCAAGCCGAUGAUUAUGUCAUCACUCUUCCUAUGGCUCCUUAUGACCUUGAAGCAUUCCUUCAAGACGCCUCGACUAUCUAUGUCUCGUGGAACUACCUUGAUGAACUCUCAGAAAAUCAAACGUACGGCAUCAGCUGGAAACUAGAAGAGUCCGACGUGAUUUACAGCGGUAACACAACGUUCAAAGAGUACGUCAUCCAAGGUUACAACGGAACAGGGUCGACUCUUUUGUGCGUCACCGUCACCCUAGAUGCGGCAACGAGCAUUCCGGAAUGUAAUGAAUUCCGGCUCUACUAUCUGGAAGAUGAUUUCGGACUAAUUCUUGGCCUGAUGUUGGGGAUUCCCCUUAUCAUACUCGCCAUCGGCCUCGCUCUGGCUCGUGUCUUCAAAGUGACGCUUGCAGACGUAUUCCCGGGAGUGUAGUAUUCCUGGAACAUUUUUCAUAGUGUUGUAGUUCAGCAUACAGUGUCGAUAUAGUAAAUUAAUAUUGUUCAUUAAUGUAGGAUAAACAAAGUUUUUGCCCAGUGCGUAAGAUUUUUGGAUUCUAAUGCACUUAGGUUAGCUCUGUAAGAGAAUAUGUUUAGAAUAAAGAAAAAAUGUUU